AUGGGCACCGAGUGUGUGCUGAGUGGGUAUCCUCGCUGCAACUGUGCUGGGGUGGGCCGGGGAGUUCAAUUUUUCAACUUUUUUUUUUUCCCAUCAUGGCCCAGGUCACAGCUCCCCCGCCGGCGCCGGUUAAGUCGGACAAAACGCAAGGGUCCAAUGUAGAUCUUAAAAGCAUUGUCCCUUUGCUGGACAUGGCUGUCAGUUCCAGAGAGACGAGGCUUAUGGCAAGGGUGAUCCGGCAGCUGAUGCUUCUGCGACCGAAGUUGAAGGUGCAGACUGUUGCCAAGUUUUUGAGGAACAGUUUGGGUGGAGCUCCAGAUGUGCAAGCGCAACUCCUCUCGUAUUUAACGCCGGCUAGGAAAGAGAUGGAGGUUGACUCCUCUGUUCCUGAUGGCUCACCUGCGGGCUCUGCUUCCACCGCAGCUGAUACAAGUGCCAAGGUGGUGAUUCCAGAGCUGGAGAUCUUUUCGUAUCUGCUGGUGUUAAUAUUUCUCAUCGAUCAGAAGCUGUACAACGAGGCAAAAACUUGCUCAUCGGCGGCUGUGAAGAGAUUACAACAAUUGAAUCGGCGAACCCUGGACCUUUUAGCGGCAAGGCUGUACAGCUACUAUUCGCUCAGCUACGAGCGAACAGACUCGCUUGCGGAAAUUCGGAGCACCUUGCUGGCGCUGCAUCGGACUGCAACACUUCGUCAUGACGAUAUUGGACAGGAAACUCUGCUCAACCUUCUGUUGCGCAACUAUCUGCACUACAACCUGUACGACCAAGCCGAGAAGUUGAGGUCCAAGACACAGCAGCCAGAACUGCACUCCAACCACCAAGUACCUCUUUUAUUUGGGCAGGAUUCGCACGAUCCAGCUGGAGUACACGGCUGCGAAAGAUUGUUUGGAGCAGGCGGCAAGGAAGGCUCCCCAGGCAGCAAGAGGCUUUCGGAUCCUGUGCAACAAGUGGGCAUCCAUCGUGCGACUUCUUCUUGGGGAGAUUCCGGAUCGCAACAGCUUUAUGCAGCCGGUCUGAUGUCUUCCUUCGGUUGGCCGAUGGCGUUGUUCGUAUACAGCUCUGCCUACAUGACAGCAGCUUGUGGCGAGCUGCUGCGAACGCCGUUGGUGAAAAUUGAUGAUCAAUCAGUCAGUGGCGACUUCAACGUCGAUGUGCACGACCUGCAAUGGUGGAUGGAUGUGCUGCCUGAGGAAGAUGAUGAAGAGUUGGAGGGGAGGCGCAAAGCUCCGGAGACUCUGAAUUUUGCUUCGUGCCUAGUUUGGAUGGCUGUGUCGUCUGAGGAAGAGGAGAAUCGAGGCAGCUCAAUGGUCCAAUGGCUCUGCACUGCUUCAGUUUUGUUUGGCUGAGCAGCUGUGCAUGUGAAAUGGAUGAAUGUUAUUAGUCCGCGUUGUGAUAAGGAUGCGGAAGUGCGCGUCAUCGACCUCCCUGGCUGCUGCGGCGAGCUGCGCUGGGUGGUGUUGUCACGGCCAUCCAUGGAGAAUUCUACCUCUCCUGCGGUGAACUGCAAUAGGAGGUGCUGGCCUGCCUACCUCAAUGAAUGACACUCCAGCAUUCUGUAACCAGCCGCUCGAUUGAUUGCUGAGCGUCGUGGCAAAUCACAGGUCAAGCAUUAAUAUCUGGCUUCGGGCGUUGUUGUGGAUGUUGUUGCUGUGCCGCUUUCUUCCGCCAUGGUGUCGAAUCUUUUGCUGUUAUGGUCUUGAAAGCACUUUGCUGUGUGGUGAUUGAUGGGCGCUGUCGCUGAUACUCUCCCAGUGUGUUUUGAGCAUUCUGCGCCGCUGUGUUAAACACCCUGCUGGCUGUGUAAGUGCAGAGGUGAGGGCCUUCUCCUCGACGGUGCCGAACAUUUUCACAGAUGCAACGCUAUGUUGAUCGACGCGUAUGAUGCUGUAUCUGUAGCUCAGACUUCAGAGCUGUUCCUUUCCAUCCACAAAGGUAUCUGUCACUCCCCAAAAAUAUCCUUAAUUGAAGUUAAUAAUGAGAAUUCAUUACUGGAGUGACGCUCGUGACGUCUCUUGCUUGGGUAUAGUAUGAUGGUCAACAGCAAUUGCACAGAUGCUUGAGGACCAGGGAGGGACCAAAAGUUUCCUGAAAUAACAUCUUCUACGCACCUUGAUGCACAACAACUGCUGGAUGCAACUGUUCAUUUGCCAUAGGUGCGAGAUACCGUUAGCCUUUUCUUCUCCACACCCUAGCUGGUCUCUUCCCAUGCUCCAGUGCCCAUUUUUUUCUUCAAGUUCUCGGUAGAGAGAGAGAGAGAGAGAGAGAGAGAGAGAGAGAGAGAGAGAGAGAGAGAGAGAGAGAGAGAGAGAGCAGUGUGUUUUGUUUACA